GAAGGUUAGUGAAAAUGAAAACGAAAACAGCCGAAGUCUGCAAGCUGUAGUGCUUUAAAUGGUGCUUAAUAAUUUAUUUAAUACAAAUUUGCAAUAAAAAUAAUUGUUUUCCACGCAAGUUUUUUUACUCUAAUAGUGCUCUUUCACAUCAUAGUAAUCAAUACAACUCUUUUAAACUAAAAUAUUCAUUUCGAGAAACUGUUGUUGACGGUACUAUUGUAUUAUGGUUGUGAAAAAUGCCUUCAUGUCAGAGUUUAUUGAUUUGAGCAUCAAGCAGAAGAUUGCUGGUGUGCCUUUUUAAGUGGAAUGGUAUUAACGUGCCUUCUGUGACAUCUGUAAUAAACCAAGAAAAAAUGGUGAUUCAGCAAUUUGAUGACGAGUCUGCACUUGUGCAAGCAGUGCUGAUUGGAGACUCUGAUGAGGUGGUUUCUUUGCUGCAACAAAAGGAAGAUCCAAAUCAACAAGAUAUAGAUAAGCGAAGUCCCUUACAUGCAGCUGCAUUUAAAGGCGACAGUCGCAUUGCUGAAGCUCUUAUAAUGAAUGGAGCUCGAGUCAAUGUCAAAGACAACAAGUGGUUGACUCCACUUCACCGAGCGUGCUGUGUCAACAGUGAUGACACAGUAGAGCUGCUGUUGAAGAACAAAGCAGAUCUGAAUGCCAGGGACAAGCACUGGCAGACACCAUUGCACAUCGCUGCUGCCAACAACGCUGUGGAGUGUGUGGAGGUUAUGUUACCACACCUGCUCAACAUUAGCAUCACUGAUAGAGGUGGUCGUACUUCUCUUCACCAUGCGGCUUACAAUGGCCACCAUGAGAUGGCAGAACUGCUCAUAUCUCAUGGCUGCAUUGUCAAUGCCUGUGACAAGAAAGAUAGAAGACCUUUACAUUACGCAGCUUACCAGGGUCAUGAGGAUCUUGUGCGUUUGUUGCUCAACCAUGGGGCUGAUGCUAACGUUAAAGAUAAAGGAAAGUGCACACCGCUACAUGCAGCUGCUGCCAGUGGAAACGUGUUGGUGGCCAAUACUCUGAUAGAAGUUGGGGCUGAUCCUGAUGCCAGAAACCUAUUUGGUAACACCCCCCUUCACAUAGCCUGUCUCAAUGGCCACGUCAACUUGUGUCAGGAGCUCAUCUACUGUAGAGCCAUCAUCAACUCUGUCAACCUCAAAGGACAGACCCCUCUGCAUCUGGCAGCAGCAUCAACUCAUGGCAAGGACUGUCUGGAAGCUCUGCUAAAGGAAGGGGCAGACUUCAAUGCUCAGAGUGAAGAUGGCCGGACACCUCUCCACAUGACAGCUAUACAUGGGCGGUUCACUCGCUCCAAGACACUUAUUGACUAUGGAGCGACUGUGGACAGUGUGGACAGGAAUGGCUGUACAGCUUUACACAUUGCAGCUCUGUAUGGUCAUGAGCUUCUCAGUGGAACUCUACUUAACUAUGGAGCAGAUCCGUCAAAGCCUGGCUUCAAGGGCCGAACCCCAUUACAUAUGUGCUGUCUCGGAGGGUUUGUGGAGUGUUGUCGAAAGUUUCUCCAGACUGGGGUGGAUCUGGAUUGUCAGGAGGCAACAGGGAAAACACCUCUCCAUCUUGCUGCCUUCAAGGGGAGUGUAGAGUGUCUGGAUCUAUUGGUCAGCAAGGGAGCCAACUUCCAGGUAGUGGAUCAUUUCCAGCGGACACCCCUGCACAUAGCAGCCGCCCAGGGCCACUACUCUUGUCUGUACACUCUGGCAUGCUUUGGGUCAUCAGUUAAUGAGCAAGACAUAGAAGGCUGCACUCCUCUCCACUUGGCUGCCGCUUACGAUCUUGAGGGAAAGUGUGUCAAAUAUCUGGUGGAGCACAAGGCCCAGCCCAUGUUGAGAGACAGACGAGGGUUUACAGCGUUCCAUUACGCUGUGGCUGGAGGCAACAUUGCAGGGCUGGAAGUGCUCCUUGCCAACUCCGCUUUGCUGAGCCUCUACAGCAAUGAUCUGCCCAAACUGACACCACUACACCUUGCGGCUUACUAUGGCCAUACUGAUAUACUGAGGCUACUUCUUCCAUUAUUUUCUGAUACAAAUUUGAGAGAUCCUUCCGGAAGAACACCACUCCAUCUAGCUGCACUGAAAGGUCACACUCAUUGUGUCCAGCUAUUGCUACGAUGUGGCGCAUCAGUGUGUGUCCAUGACAGUGUGUUGCAACAGACCCCUGUCCAUCUUGCAGCACAGGCUGGCAACCUUGACAGUCUCAGACUACUGCUGGACAACGCAGAGACUGUUGCGGUCAUUGAUACUCCUGAUACACACAAGAGGACUCCCCUGAUGUUGGCAGUGGGCUCAGGCCACACAGACUGUGUCAUCCUCCUAAUCAAGUCCAAGGCUGAUGUCAACAUUGUGGACAAGGACAGGCACCCUUCACUCUUCAGAGCUGUUGUGUUUGGUCAUCAAGAGAUCUGUGAGCUGCUACUGACACAGGGGGCGGACGUAAUGUUCCAGGACCUGGGAGGCAAGACCUGCCUGCACCUGGCAGCUGCCUGUGGACAUACAGACUGUUACAAGACUGUCCUGGACCACUGCAAGAGCAGCCAACGUGAUCUGUUGUCCACCACACAAGACUAUCAGGGCUGCACUCCCCUCCACUGGGCCUGUCACAAUGGAAAUGCUCAUUGUGUUGAAUUUAUAUUGGAGCAGAAAUUGUCCAAAAUGAUGGAGGGGAAUCCAUUUUCACCUGUCCAUUGUGCAGUGUACCAAGGCAGUGAGCAGUGCCUCCAUUUGAUGUUGACAUACUAUGGUCCCAGUGUGGUAUGGCUGCGAGACGUACGUCAGUACACGCCACUACAUGUUGCCGCCCUCACCAACAGUGUGGAGUGCUGCCAUAUCCUGCUAGGCCACCAUGCACCUGUUGAUGAGACUGACUACCGCGGUCGCACCCCCCUCAUAUGUGCUGCUGCACGCGGUCACACUCUCAUACUAGAAUUGCUGUUGGAGUACCAUGCCGAUGUGAGAGCCAAGGACUGCCAGUUGAACACGGCACUGCACCACGCGUGUCGGAACAGACACUCAGAUUGUGCCCUCAUGUUGCUGGAGAGGGUGCAACACAGCAGUAUUGUAAACAUGGCUAACAAGCAGUGCAAGACGGCACUGCAUCUGUCUGCUCGUCACGGAUUGGUGUCUGUUACUCGUCGGCUGCUAGAAAAGGGAGCCUCAGUUCAAGUGGUGGACUGUAAUGGACUGACUCCCGCUCUGGCUUGUGCUCCCAGCCCCGCCAUCGCACAGUGUUUGUCUCUAAUAUUGACGGCUUCCACUCAGUCACCAAUACAAAACAAUUUCAAGAAGUACACAAUGUCUCUGCCUCUACUGAAUCCACAGCCUCCGGACUGUGGUCUAUUACGCACCAGCAACCACAGCAGCGACUCAGACUUCUACUAGCCUGCCACCGCCACUAGUGCCACCACCACACUCCCACCAUAGCCUUCCGUCUCGCCUCGUCUUGUCUCAGCUGCCCUGCCCUCUCCUUCCAAACAUUCCAAGUGCCUUUUACCAUCCAACAUUCACUUGAAAUUAUCUUUUCACUAGGUUCUUGUUGCAGAUGAUGUAUUUAGUAAAUAAAUUCUAACAGUAAUUAAAGCGGAUUUAUUAGAAGUUACUAGAUGAUGUUAUGCAAUUCACAAGUGCAAUAAGUAAAACCAAAAGUUGUAUUAGUUUUGAGUUUUUUUUUUUUAAUGAUUAUUUAAGUUAGUCUAUGCGAUAGUAUUCAUAUCUGCCUAUGUUAUUCACUGUUAUGAUUGAGUUCGCACAGAGGAAGUUUAAUGUUGAGUCGCAGAAGAACCUGAUAAACCGUGUGUACACCAUAGAUAUUGGUUACAUAAGAUCUAUAUAUGUAAUUUAUAGUAACUAAUACACGAUUUGUUGAGGAUUAGUAGGAGAUUAAUAUGUUGUGUUGUAGCUGAUUAUGUUGUGCUGGCCUGCAGAAGGUUGCAGUAGCUAGUGGACACGUUGGUUUGCUUAGUACUGUUAGGGGUUUUGAGGAAAGGGCAGCUUUUCCAACAUAUCCACAUUAAUUAGCAUUCCCCUGGUGCCUGAGAUUCUUUGCUCAACGCAGGCUCGACCGUGUGUGUACUUUAGCUGUCUAGGGGAGAGCCACUGUUGUAGGAGCGGUAAUGCAAACAGAACACAAAUUGAAGCACAAAGUCAGAUUGAGAAUUUUAUAUGAAAUUCUAUGUUUUUGACAUUGUUUGCAAUCGCUCCACAAAUGCUCAAGUGGUGUUAUUCGUUAAUUGUAUUCCAAAUAAGUGGUAGCUAUUAUAAAGUGAGUUUUCUAUUCACUUUAUUUUUUGUUAAAAAAUUUAUUUUAAUAAUAAUAGCAAAAAGCGGAAGCUUACCUGAUCUGGCAUUUUUAGAUAAUGUUGAGAAUGAAAUUGUGUUGAAUAUAUUAAUUUUUAUUGUACUGUUUGGAAACUUAUGAAGGUGAGUGGAUAAGGUUUUAGUAUUUACUAUCCGCUACUAUAUUUUAUAUCACAUGAAAAUAUUUAUUUAUAUUCAUUCUUCUAAAUAACAUCAGAGUUGUGGUUCUUAAAUCGAUUUAAAAAAUAAUAAUAAUAAAUAGAGAUGUGUCUAAUUUUCCAAGAGAUAUUAUUUUUAAUUCUUUAUAUUUUUACUUCAGGUAAGCUCAUGUUAAUUGCUUUCAAUAUCUACUGAUUCAUAUGAAACACUUGUUAGACAUUUUCACUCUGAGAUUAAAGAUGGAAGUUUAGUGGCUCUUCCCUUUAACUAUGGGAAUCAAUGUGAUAAGUGCUUUAUGUAACAAAAUGAUAUCAUAGCGCCGUGCUGCACAGCGCAGUAGUUAGGUGAUACUUGUGUGUUCUAUGUUCCACAUUGUGAUACACUAUGAUUGUGAUGUGCCGAAUUAGUUUAUACUUCACACAUUAAUAAUAUUAGAUUUUUUAUUGACAUUAAGUAGUCUUAUGAUUAUAGCUCCCUAAAUUACAGUAAUCUUACCAAAUUCCCUCCAGAAAGUAUUUAUACAUAUUUAUCACAUUGCUUACUGAUUUAAAUAAAAACUUGGCACUAUUCUCUUAACGAUAACUACUAAUACAGAGUAAUUUUAGUUAUUUGACUAAUAUAUUUAUUUAUCAUAAUCUUAUAUUUUAAUUUCAGAUAAUAGAUUUGGUAGACUGAUUUCUGUAUGAGUGAGAUUGAGUUUUGGCAACGUCGGCCAAUUUACUUUACCAUACAAAACUUCACUCAUUACUUCUUUGUUGUAACAUGCCUGUACAAUUUAUGAUUCUAGUCCCAUUUAUUUAUAGUGGAUUUAUCAUAUUUAUUACAUUCUAUGCACCAUUUAUUUUGACAUUAUUUAUAUACUUAUAUAAAUUUUUCCUCAACCAUUUUAACCAAUAUGCUUGUGCUUUAUUUUUUUUUAGAUAUUAAGUAAGAGAACAUUUGAUUAACAUUCCUAACAUUAAAAAAUGUUAACAAUUUAUAUGAACUUUUAAUUGAGACAUACUCAAAUAUCACUUAGUAUUCAACACUACUUUUCCUUAAUUAGCUGUAAACAGACAAGGGCCUUAACUGACAUACCUUAGUCUUCUAUGUAUAUUAAUUUUGUUUCAUUUAACAAAGAAUGCGUGUUAUUACAAAUUGUUACUGAAAUACAUAUUGUAUAGCUUGACUUGUACAAUUUUACUCUAUGUGGAUCUAAAUAUGCAAUGUGGACUGUUGUUUUGAUAUUUGUUUAUAAAAUGAGAGAUCUCUUAAAAUAAUAUUAUGUACAUUCAAUAUUGUGUUCAUGAUUUUAUUACUGUACAUUCUGGGAACAGAAAACUGUUAAGCAAUAUUAUGCAGUGAUGAUUUAUGUGAAAUUGAUAUUUUGUGUGAUAGUUUUGAUUUAUAAAACUCUUGAGAAUCACUGUUGUUAACAGUAUUAUAUUUGUGCACCACAAUUUGCAAGAUUUUUAUAUGUAGAUUUUAUAUAAUUAAUUAUCAAAGAAUGUUUUAAUGAAUUAAUUAAAUUUAUGUAAAAUG